GCAGGUGGGGCCCACACAAAAAGAAAAAUGAAAGAAAGAGGGAGAGAGCACGUGACAAAAGGGGAUUCAGUACUUUUAUAUAGGGCAAUACAGAUAAUGAUACAAAAAGGAGAGGCAUAUGAGGGAAUAAGGGGAUUGAGCCGCAAAAACAAAUGAAAAAAAAAACCUAGAAUAUAGGAACCUACAGCCACCAUAACAAAAAGAAAAAAGGAGGGGCCGCAUGAGAUCUUUCUUUUUUCCUUUUUAGUAGCUAAAACGUGUACCCAAGAAUGAUAUAAAACUAAGAAAACUCAGUACACCAAAAGACCAUAUAAGCAGCUCACCCUUUUAACUCCAAAAAAAAAAAAAAUCAUCCAUCAUCUUCUUCAAAUUUUCCACAAACCACCGUGAACAACUCCCCCCCCCCCCUCGCCGGAAAAAUCACCGGAAAAUCCAACAAAAAAGAAAAAAAAAUAUAUUAUCAUCAUCUUCUUUCAUUUUUUUUUUCUCACCUUAAACAGCAACCACCUCAAAAACCACACCAUCGUUAAACCACUUAAAUAUAAAAUAUCCAUUUUCUUUUAACCAAAAUUUCAUUAACAGAGUUGAGUUGAGAUUUCGGGUUUAGAUCUAAAAAAAUAUUCGACGCUGUUUUGGUCGGGGUUUUCCGGUUCAAAGCUCCGUUUGGCUAUCUCAUUCAAAGGAAAGUGUUAUUUCCCACAUUGAAAGGUACAACAUGUUUUAUCCGGGCCGUGGGAAGUGUCAAAAGAGGAAGCGAGAUGGGAGUAUACCACUUCAGGUUGUUCAUGAGGUCCCUUGGAAACUUUGGACAUGGUGGAAUGAAAUGGAUAUGCUAGAACACACAAAGAUCUUUAAGCAUAUGGGGUUCUUGACCAACAUUAUGAAAAUCGACCCUAGGAGGGACGUGAUUGAUGCUUUGCUAUCCUUUUGGGACCCUACAAAGAAUGUGUUCCGAUUUUCAGACUUCAAGCUGACCCCUACCUUAGAGGAAAUUGCUGGCUAUACCGGACUUGGUGAGAACCUACACCGCCAAAAGCUUGUAGCCCCAAGACUUAUUUCUGUGAACAGUUUCCUCACAAAAAUGAACAUCGCUAAGCGCAAAGAGGAUGAGAAGAAAAAUGGCAAGGAAGAAUUUCUGGAUGAGGGUUGGGAAUCCCUAGACAAAGGAUGGAUUUCUUUAGAAUUCUUGUAUGAGAGGUACGGGAGAAGAGACGGGUUUGAGAGGUUUGGAAAGAGGCUCAGUAAUAAAGGAAAUUUUGAAAUUUGGAAAGACCACAGUCGUUUUGCCUUCAUGGUGGCAUUUUUAGGAAUAAUGGUCUUCCCAAGACGGGGGCAGAAAAUCAACAUCCGUUUAGCCGGGAUAGUAGACGUCUUGACCACAAAGAAGGAUCAUACCAUUGUGCCAAUGAUCUUAGCAGAUAUUUAUCGGGCCUUGACGGUUUUCCAAAAGGGAAAGGGUUACUUUGAAGGGUGUAACAUAUUAUUGCAAAUGUGGAUAGUGGAGCACAUCUUCCGACCCCGUCACGUGGCAAGAUUUGUUCAUGAUCGGAGUGAUUACAUUUUAAGCUAUGAAACUAGGGUAAAGGAUUAUAAGCAACCGGACGGUGUGGAGGCAUGUAUUGGAGAAUUUCGUUCAUUAACGUCAGAUAAGAUCACUUGGAACUUCCCUUGGUUCCCUUGGAGAGAAGUCAUAUACACAUCUACACAUCGCCCAUCUCUCUUAUUGAUGGGUAUAAGGGGUGUUCAACCGUACGUACCAUUACGAGUUUUACGACAAUUGGGUCGGCGCCAGAUAAUACCUGUAGUAGAAGACAUGACGAAUUUUGUAUUUGAGGUAAGACCAGAAAUCCCCUUGCCUGAAGGAUUGGUUGUGGAGAUUUGGAAUGGCUGUCGGGUAAUGACAUUCGAUACAAUGGUUACCGAGCGUCAUUUGGGGGAAGUGCAUCCGGGAUACCCUAUAUGGCUCGAGAACCAACCAGUUGUGAAAGUUCAACCCAAGAGAUCCGCAAAAGGGCCAGUAGAUUAUGAAGCCGAAAUGGACAUAAAAAUCGCGAUGGCGAUGAAGGAGCACCAUGCCGCCAAUCUACUCUUACAAGCAGAUUUAGAGCGUGCUAGAACAAGCUUGGCCCAACAACAAAUGGAGUAUGAGGAAAAGAUCAGACAAGCCCGUUUAGAAGUAGGAGCAGAUUAUCAAUCCACACUGCAAACUAUAAACACAGACCUGGAGCACGCUAAGGCUAUAAUUCAGCAGCGGGAUGCAGAAAUUGCCGAGGAAAGGGCCAAAACAACCGCACUACAGGGAAAGCUUCAACUGGCCACGAUUAGGGGGUCACAGAUAGCGAAACGUGCUAAAAUUGUUAGACAAGGUUUGCAAGAGAGAUUGAGCAUCCUUGAAGAGGAUAUGCACCAGCAGCAGAAUGAGUUUGAACGAAAAGAAGAACAAUUUAAAAAAGAGAAGGCUGAGUGGUUACGCUCCCAAGAUAAACUUCACGAAGAAUUGGAGGAAGCAAAAAGGAACUUGGCUCGCCAAAAUGUAGGCUCUGAUAUGUCCCAGUUAAUUCAGGAAAGGGAGAUGUUACAGGAGAAAUUAGAGUCAGUGACCGUGCGUGAGAAAAAGGCGAGAGAAGAGGCCGCUGCCCGUGAGUUAAGGAUAAAAGAAUUAGAGUACAAAUGUGGGACGGUUCGAGGUAGGGUCCGAGGUAUGGCCAUUCGCUCUUCACAAGCAGGUUUGGAAUAUGAAAGAUUGGGCUACGAGCAGUUUCAUUCGCAAAUACCUACCUUUGUCGAUCAUCUCACACGUACACUGCAAGGUUUAUAUAAGGAUAUGGGUGGCCAGCUGAAUCAGAGUCAUCAUGAAGGGGACAAGGAAUAGAAGUGUCGAUGCAGUCAACGUGUUCGUCUUUUACCUUUUGCUCUUUCAUUUUUCUUUUGAGUUAGCGUUACGUUGUCUUUAGUACUAGUGGAGUCGAUUUUAGUUCAU